UACUGCAGAUUACUAUACCUCAUGAAUAAUCAAUGUAACCACUCUAAAAGAUUUGCAGUGGCGGGGGAGGGUCGACUGAGAGAGUCUGGGAUCGGUUGACAAUUUGCAGAAUUUAUUUAAACAUUAGCUAAGAAAGAGAAGACUAAGACUUGGUUUUUGUGCAAUUGACAAAGCUGAUAACGUUGUCUGGAAAUGAAUCAUCUCCCGUACUGACAGUCGUAUUCAGGAUGCGAGCCAGAAUUACAAACUUCCUCAGCUCUGAGAGUUUGAGAGAGUCUGUCAUCGGCGUCUUUCCAGUGCAUCAUUGGGUAGUGUUCUCACUUCUACAAACUGAGCUUAACGCCGAUAAAUGCUAAUCAAAGCCUGGGAAAGCCGGCUUAUUUGGACUUGGUGUCAAUAGUUUACCCUCAACUACUGCGGCGAACAGAGAACUGAAAGAGAACUGGUCAUAUGCUUUCUUCUGUUCUGCUACUGUCACUUUCUUUCACAAGCAAGAAACCAGCAUUCUAAAGACGUCCGCAUCACAGGAGCUAGAGGUUCCUGAAUCUCCUGGACGUGGUUCCUGUAGUGUAUCCGCAGUGUGAACCUGCUGGAUCUCAUUGUGGAGCUGGCUCUCCAGAUCCCCUUCCCAUCCUCAUCUCCAAGGGUCUCCAGACCCCUCCUCCGACCCCACAAUUCCACCCCACAAGAUGGGCUCCUUCCGGCGGCCGCGCCCUCGCUUCAUGAGCUCCCCGGUUCUCAGCGACCUCCCUCGAUUCCAUGCUACCCGCCAGGCCUUGCAGCUUAGCAACAGUACAGCAUGGAACAGUGUGCAGACUGCCGUGAUCAAGGUGUUCCAAGGAGGAGGCUUGCAGACGAAUGAGCUGUACCACCUGAACGAGAGCAUCAGGAGGCUGCUGAAGACAGAAUUGGGCUCCUUUAUCUCUGAUUAUUUCCAGAACCAGCUCCUCAGCAAAGGGUUGGUGCACAUUGCAGAGAAGAUCCAGCUGUACCAGGGUGACAGUCUGCUGCUGAUUCUAUCUGAGACGUGGGACCAAUUCUUCACCGAGAUCCUGCCAACAUUACAGGCUAUCUUCUACCCUGUCCAGGGUCAGGAGCUCACUAUCAGACAGAUGGCCCUGUUGGGUUUCCGGGACCUGGUCCUGUUGAAGCUGCCGCUGGAGGAGCUGCUGCCCUGCAUUGAAGAGCAGGCCCUCCCUCCCAUCACACAGAUGCUCCUCAUCCUUCAGGGGAUCCAUGACCCCAGCGGUCCCUGUGAGGAGUACUCCCAGCUGGAGAGGCUGGUGGAACGUGUCGUGUCUCCGUAUCUGGGGAGCUGCCUGGACAGGAGAGGAGCAUCCUGCCUGCUGGAGGGCCGGAUGUCCAAAUCUCAUCAGAAGGUGGUGGGCCUGAUGCAUUAUGGGCCUGAGAUUGUAAUUACCCAGCAUGCCCCAGACUCUCUGGCGCCCCUGGUGGAGUUGGAAGGAGAGGCGUAUCUGGAGAAGCUGGGUGGGGUCCGGAGGCACACCAUCGCCAACGCGCACUCCAACCUCCAGCUCCUUGCUGUCGCCUCCAUGAUGCAUUCUGGGAUGGUGGAUGAGGACAAACCAACACUGUCAGCGAAUCCCACAUCACUGAGACCCAGAGGGGACUGGUCAUGAUCUCAAUGCAGGGCUCCCCUGAACUGAGCUGCCCAGCGCCUAGCUAGAACCUCCCCAGGACCACUGCUGUCCACACAGCACACCUAGUGACUGGACCAGGUCGGCCCAAACCUUCGUAGGGAAGUUGUGCCUACAUGGAAUGGUUCAGAACCGGGUUCAUCUACAGGAGAGUUAGUCAGGUGGAGGGUCGACCUCCUCUAGUGAUCCCCUUUCCCCUUCUUAUCUGCAGGGUCAGUACAGGCUUUCAUUCUAUAAAGAGACCCUCAGCUGAACUGGAGAUCUGGGACUGAAAGUGUGAUGCUUCUUCAUGAAAGAAGUUAGGAGGUGAGGUUUGGAACAUACCACACACACAGGGAUGUUAAAAGAACAAAUGUAAAUAUAAGUUCAGGUCCUCUAACUAACAUCUUGAAUACUGCAACCCUGGAGUUCUGGCAUGUUUGACUUGAUCACACAAAGUAGAAGCCAAUUGUUAUAUAUAAGAAAUAUAAGAAACUAGCAAGAAACAAGUUGUGUUGGAUCUGGCUAGUUUUAUACCAUUAUAAUGAUGGUAUUCCUCUGAUAAUUUGCCUUUGCUUAAUUGUACAAUAGAACCAAUUGGUGAAAGAAACCUGAAACCUUGUCAUUAAGAGCACUGUAAUACAGAGACUGGCAAGGAUUCUCUCAAAGACCUUUGGACGUGUUCAGUAAUUGGAGAGAAGAAUUAUUUCUGAAUAGCUGUGUUUUUAAGGGGGACUUGGAUCCCUUUUGGAAAAUUAAAGAUCUCGACUCAUUCAUCCUGUGAUGAUAGUAACUGGUCAGCAGCAGAUGGAAGGAAACACUCAAAUUAACCUCCACUGCCUUCGAUACAGCACCCUGGCCCUGCUUUCUGUGAUGUUGAUGUGUGAGUUUACCUGCUCUUCUCUUCUGCUGUCUCCUGCUUCCUUCAGAGGAAGCAGACUACUCCGGCCCCCGGUUGACAAGGCUGCUGUCCCCUGCCUGCUACUAACAGCUACCCCAGUGCUGUCCCCACCUCCCACCUCCCUCCUCCCUCCUCCCCCCUCCUUGCCUGCUUCCUCCAGACUCCUGGGUAGGACUUCAAUCAGACACAGCCUCCCUCCUCCCUCCUCCCUCCUCCAGACUCCUGGGUAGGACUUCAAUCAGACACAGCCUCCCUCCUCCCUCCUCCCUCCUCCAGACUCCUGGGUAGGACUUCAAUCAGACUCAACCUCCACCUCCCUCCUCUCUCCUCCAGACUCCUGGGUAGGACUUCAAUCAGACACAUCAAGGACUUUAACACUGGUGUGCCUAAAAGUUUCCCAACAUUAUGACAGCAGUUUUUUCCCCAGCACAACAGUAGUCCUAUUUCUGGAUUCCUAAUAAACUCUUUGUGUGAAGCAGAGUGUCUGUCUCAUGUCUAGCACACUGUCGUGUGUAUUAGGAAUCUGUAAUGGGUAAGGUUGGAAGUUAGUUUUUAGUAUAUUUAUUUAAAAAUAAAUAAUGCAGUUGUAACCUUGGUUAACUCAACAGAUUUUUAAGUUUUGUCUGUGGCUUUGAGAUGUCAAAUACUUCCCUGAUGUCACGCUGUUCGUAGAACUUUCAGACCCAUCAAUGGAACAGCCAGAUCCUGAGCGGCGUGACAAGCGUGGAAAUCUUCUCUGUGCCAUUUGCAGAGACGCUGUUCAGCUACAACCUGUGCAGAAUGAACCAGCAGCAUCUUUAACAUGCUGAAUGUGUGAAUGGAUCGAACAGGGAAACUGCUGAUGUCAACUAAGAACAAGAUAAAUACAUUAAGAACAAAUACAUUAAAUGAAAUUCCAUUAGAAGAAAAAAAAUCGAUAGAUUACUAUAGAAGAAGUUCUAUUUUUCUAUCUUUCUACAGAUCUGCAAAACCGGUGAUUAAAGUCAAUAGAUUCUAUAGGAUUUUUCUAAAGGUUUUUGAUGCUAAAUAAACACUUGAACUAAUAAAAUGAGAUGCAUGUACAUAUUCCUCUCCCAGAACUGCCGCUACACACACAGGGAAAUAUUUGAACCCUGAUUGUUUUUUUUAUUAUUAUUAUUAUUUUAAGAAAAAACUGUUUUACUUUUUUUUUUUUAAUUAUUAUUCUGAAAUCCAAAACACGUCUUUACAUUAUCCUUUCCAAAUCAACACAAGAGGGGUUCUGUUGAGCAGGAAUGCCUCCAGUGGGGUGUUGAUUAUCAUGACACAACCUGCCCUGUGGUUUAACUCCCAGGCCUGCCAUUGCAGUUACCUCAGCAGGCCUGCAGCUUGGCUUGAUAGCCCAUGAUUAAUGGUUUACAAUAUACUUGUAUUUAGAUAUGAAAGAUUUUGUUAACAUUGAAGUCUAAAUAAAGUGUAUGUUUUUGUGACUGCUGGUUGGGUUAUUGUGCUUGGUUUUAAACAGGGUAAAGAGAACACCGCCUGCAAAUUAGAAUUUCAUUUAUACUGUCUACCGUUUCAUAUGUUCUCACAUGCUUUCUGCAUCUUGUCAUGUAUUAAUUUAGUUUUUUUAGUAUGCCCACUUAUUUUAUCCCACAAUUUCACCACCACAACAGCUUAGCAGAACUAGAGGUCAGUGGACGUCCUCUGAUCCCACAACCAAGCCAAUUCCGUCUUUACACCCAGGAACUCGAGAGUGGCGAGCUACCACCCUCUGGAGGAUAAAGAGCAGCCCUGCAGGUGUCCAUUUGCGCUCACCAGGCGCCAGGCCAGCAGGGUCUGCUGUAGCUUGUCAAUGAAGUCCACAGCUCAUCCACAGUCAUUCAUUCAGACACCACACUACAAAAGGUACAAAAUUAGGCUGAUCAAAGUUUUUCUUUAUAGUAUUAUAUCUUUUUGCCAGUUCUGUUUUGCUUUUCAGCCCCCUCCCAGUUUUCUGUAUUUUUUUGGUCCAAGUGCCCUCCCUCCUAAAUGGUCUUCUUUCAGGUGCUCUGCCUGGCCCUUCCUGCUGUCUUCUCAAUCUAUUGUAUUUUCAUUCCACCCACAAGGUUCUGUUGUUCUGCUGCUGCCCGGUGAUUUUCUGUUUGUUUGGUUGAUUGCUAGCAUGUCCCUUUGCCAGGGUAUGGAGCGGGUUGAAGCCUGUGGUCAGACCCCUUCCUAGGUAGUUAAAGCUGCAGGCCUCCUACUGUCUACACUUCUUAGAUAGCAGCGCAUGCAUUGGAUUCCUGAAAAUAUGAUGAAAGUACUUGUCCUGUUCUGUUUUAUUAUUUUUGUCUAAUUAAACUAGCUAACAAUUAUUCCGUAAGUCUUACCUGUUUUGCACUUCCAUUAGCUUUAUGGGUCUCAAAUGUAGUUAAAAAAAACUCCUUAUAGAAAACACACUAUCUAGUACUAUUAAGGUUAAAUAAAGUUAUCACAUUAUUUGUCUUAUUCUCAGGGUAUCUGUUGCACGUGCACUUCGAGGGUCAUUUUAGCUCAGCAGUGUCUCUUGUGUCAUGUCUGAAAGCAUGUGAGUCAAUAUGGGAAGCAGCUGGUUGGUUAAUGUCAGGAAAGAAGCCAUUGAAGGGGUGGGGACAAUUUCACCCUCCAGGUGACCAAGCAAUUGCAACACCAACUGAAAGCAUGGCUUGCAAGCAUAGAUUUAUUUGACCUGAUACCAUGUAUUAAAUUAAAAAAAACAUAUCAUGUGUUUCUUUCAAAACUGGACGGUUGAUACCUAUAUAAUGAAUGAACUGCACAUAAGAUGUAUGGAACUACUUUGUUGCUAGUCUCUUGAAUUUCAAAAACUAUAGUGCCAGUACUUCCUAAUGACAAGGUUUUCCGUCCCAAUAUUGAAUGAGCUGUUAUCGAUGGUAUAUCUAUGUAUGCUUGGAAGUGGGCAUGCAGCCAGUAUCGGCAGAUACCUGCAUGAAGAGGCCUUCAAGAGAAGAGAUUAGAGAGCUCAUAUUCUACUACUACUAAUUAUUGUGUGGCUGCAUUUUGAAUCGUUUCUGUUUUUAUUUAUGAUUGAUUUAAAAUUGAAAUCCAUCGUUUAAAACAAUGCAGGUCAGCCUCUGGUCACAGGAGAACAAAACCAAUAGAUGGUGCUUGUGUUUUUAACCCAAAGGCUCCCUCCAGUGUUCAGUAAUUUGAACUGCAGCUGACUUUUUUUUUUUUUAUAAUUCCCUUUGGAUAAUAAUUAUACACAAGAAUUUUGUCAGCACCUAUUUAACAAUCAAUCACUGAAGUAGUUCUGUAAAGCAUGGUGGCUAGUGCAGUAUUAAACAUUUAGAAUCAAAGAACAUGCUGCUAAAGGAAACUGAAAUUCCAUGACAAACCUUUAGAACCAAAGAACAUGCUACUAAAAUAAACUGAAAUUCCAUGACAAAUGUUUAGAAAAUAAGUCUUUGAGUCUUCGAAGGAUUUCUAGUCAAAACGUUUGUCAUUGUAAUUAAGUUUGUUUAAGUAUUUCUAAAUUCAUUCAUUUACGACAGUGCUCACCACUCACUCAUUUUGUUUAGUUGCUUGUAAGUGAAUUAGGUUGCAGGUUU